AUGGCUGAUAGUUAUAAGAAAAAUUUAAAUACAAAUUUUAGGAGGAACUUAAAAAAUAAAAAUUCAAAUAAACUUCAGAGUAAAUCUAAGUCUUGUGUUGAUGUUAAAACACCACCCUUACCAACUAUGGAAGAUUUCACUAUAGAAGAAUUACUGAAAAAAAGACAAUCUAUUCGAGAAAAUCUAAAAAAAAUUAAGAAAUAUAACAAUCAACCUGAAGAAAAACAGAAAAUAAGUGAAAGAAAACGUAAACACAAUGACAACAAAAAUGACAUUAAAAAUUAUCAAAAUAUAAAAAGUAAACAUGAACAUAAAAUAUGUAAAGAAACUUAUCAUUAUGGUGAUGAUUAUAUACACAAUUCAGAAUCUGAAGAUGAAGAAUACAUAAUUGAACAACGCAGAAAACAACGUAAGCAACUAUUAGAGCAAUUGACAGCGAAACAAGAUGAUUCAUACAAUAAAGAUGUUAGUAUUAGAACUCCAAAAAAUGUCCAUAUUAGUUACGAGAACAAUAAUCAUAGCUCAAUUGAACAAACAGAGGGAGCUACUGUGAAAAAUAUUACUGAUAUGUUUUCAGAAAAAGAUGAAUUCACUUGCAACAAUAAUCUGGAGAAUAUAACUCAAGAUAAUAAUGAUAAAACUGCUCUAUUAGUAGACAAUUGGGAUGACCCAGAAGGAUAUUAUAAAGUUACAAUUGGGGAUUGUAUCAAUAACAAUAGAUAUAUCAUUAAAGCUAUUCUUGGGCAAGGAGUAUUUGCUAAUGUUGUUCGUGCACAAGACAGUAAUAACAAAAAUAAUGAUGUUGCAAUAAAAAUUAUUCGAAAUAAUGAGUUAAUGCAAAGAACGGGUUUGAAAGAAAUUGCAAUUUUGAAAGAAAUAAAUGAAAAUGAUCCUAAAAACAAGUAUCACUGUUUAAAACUAUUGCAUCAUUUUACACACAAAGGCCAUCUUUGCCUAGUAUUGGAGCCAUUUAAUAUGGACAUGCGAUGUUUAUUAAAAAAGUAUGGGAAACAUAAUGGCAUUAGUUUGAAAUCUUUAAUGAAUUAUAGCAGACAACUUUUGCUAGCAUUAAAACUUCUGAUGAAAGUAGGAAUUAUACAUGCUGAUAUUAAACCAGACAAUAUUUUAGUGAAUGAAAAAAAGACAAUGUUAAAAUUAUGUGAUUUUGGCUCUGCUGCUAAGAUUCAUUAUAAUGAGCCAACACCUUACUUAGUUUCAAGAUUUUAUAGAGCACCAGAAAUUAUACUAGGCAUACCAUAUAGCUAUGGAGUUGACAUAUGGUCUACAGCAUGUACAAUAUAUGAAAUGGCAACAAACACAAUAUUAUUUACGGGAGGAUCUAAUAAUAAAAUGCUGAAGUGCAUUAUGGAUUUAAAGGGUAAAAUUCCUGGUAAAUUACUUAAAAAAGGUAAAUUCAAAGAUCAACAUUUCAACUAUAAAAACAAUUUUCUUUUACACAAAAAAGAUAAAGUUACUGAAAGGGAAAAGGUUAUUGAAGUUUGUAAUAUUGAUAUUUCUAGAGAUCUUCACCGUGAUUUAAAAAAAUAUUUCAAACUUUUAACACCACCUGAGGAGAAAAAAGUUACUCAGCUUAAGGAUUUAUUAGAUAAGAUGCUGAUAUUGGAUGAUAAACGAAGAUUAUCUCCAACAGAUUGUUUAAAACAUUCUUUCAUUCAAAUACAGCUAUAA